UUGUAACGAUCGACAAGGCAAUGCCCGGAGCUCAGACACUAUUGCGCUGCUUUCUUCGUACUCGGAGGUUUGUCUACAGAAAGAAGACUAGGAUUAUGACGUGGUCGGUCGCCUCCCUAUUCCUCAUCUCAAUCGUCUGCUGCUUGCCUCGUUCCAGCUCCAGCAUGCACAACUAUUGCUUUCCAGGCGGUGUCUGUACGAGCAAGCCCUUGAAUGCCCGUCGUGUUCUCGAUUCCAAGCUAAUGAUGAACAGAAGUAGAAUUGAGGAGAUGCUGUGGGGUUCCUACCGUCCCCACGUGUACUUUGGAAUGAGACCACGCCUGCCUACCUCAAUCGUGGCUGGCAUUUUGUGGAUGAUUUAUUCUACUAAGAAUCAUCUAAGCAAAUACAAAAUGCUCAUCGAAGACAAUCUGGCCAAAUACGGUUGGGUUUAUCACGAUGGCAAACUGUUUGGGUCGCAAGAGAUUAUUGAUGGAAAUUAUCGACUGCAGACUGAUUUUAUUAAACGUCCCGGGGGAAACUUUGGUGGAGAUUGGACUGCUAGAAUAUCUGGCAAGGCUCUGGGUCAAUUGGAUAAAUCAUCUGGGUUUUCUUUGUUUUUCUAUGUCGCAAAUGAAGGCGAAGGUCAGUUGGUACCUGUGAUAGGACGUGAUGGAAAGUUGACUGGAAUCGAUGGCGAUACCGCCGAGCUUGGGACCUUCCACUUUGUUCUCCCUCAACUGAACACUGUUACAAGUGGGUAUCUAGCAGGACGAAUGAAUCGUUUAGACUACCUCACAGACUACCUCAGAGACAACAUCAAACAGUAUCAUAGUGAAAACAAUGUCACGUUGCUAACGAUCAGAGAAAAAAGUGUGAAAGAUGCAAAUCUCAUCGUGUAUCAGUUGCAUCUCGAUUUUCCUUUUGAGGUCGACUUGGUGUUCAAGAGUGACAGUUGUAGCAGGAAACAGAAGAAUGAGUUGUCUGGUAGUGUCUUUACCGAGGAAAUGUUGAACCACAAAAUUAAAUUUGAUCAAAGAUUUGAGGAUACGUUUGGCUUGAAACAAAAGGGAUUCGAUGAUUCUUACAUUUCGUUUGCACGUGCAGCAUUGAGCAAUCUUGUUGGUGGCAUUGGCUAUUUUAAUGGACGAUCGUGGGUCACGUCUGAGAAUGUAAACCAGACUAUGAUGUACUUUCCGGCACCGUUGUACUCUGCAGUGCCUUCGAGGUCAUCGUUUCCUCGUGGCUUUCUCUGGGAUGAAGGUUUUCAUCAAUUAAUUGUUAACAAGUGGGAUCCCUUCAUCACGGAAGAUGUAUUAGCUCAUUGGUUGGAUCUCAUGAAUGCUGACGGCUGGAUACCUAGAGAACAGAUCCUCGGCCAUGAAGCUCAGUGUAGAGUUCCGUCCGAGUUCAUUGUACAGCAUGCCGAGCAUGGCAACCCACCAUCAUUUUUCUUGACGUUUGAAGCUCUGCUGGCUUCGACAUUUGAAGCUCUGCUGGCUUCUCGACAAGGAGACAGGCACAUCAGUUUUCUAAAAGUUGUCUUUCCUCGUUUACAAGCCUGGUUUCACUGGUUUAAUCAAACUCAGAAAGGCACACGUCCUACGACAUACUACUGGAGAGGCAGGACAUUUGAUCUACGAGUGCAAGAACUGAACCCCAAAACACACAUGUCUGGGAUGGAUGAUUACCCACGAGCAUCGCAUCCGUCUGACAUUGAGAGACAUCUUGAUCUACGCUGUUGGAUGGCACUCGGGUCCAGAGUAAUGGCAAUGAUAGCCAAACAGAUUGGCAACCCAGUCUUCCAGCAAUAUCAGCGAAUGGAACGUCAACUCACAGACGAACUUCUACUGAGUUCUCUCCAUUGGUGUGAAGACUGCAAUGCUUUUUGUGAUUACGGUAAUCACACAAGGAUGGCAUACAAAACUAUACCAAUUCGAGUAUCAAAACAGAGAACAGUCAAUUACACCGUGAUUGUUCCACAGAAAGCCAAGCCACAGUUUGUCAAUGAGUUUGGAUAUCUAAACUUAUUCCCACUCCUUACCAAAAUCCUUCAACCUUCAUCAACCAAGCUGGGUGUUCUCCUAUCACAAUUGGCUAAUGUAGAACUUCUUUGGAGUGAUUAUGGGUUUCGUUCAAUCAGCAACAGAAGCUUUUUCUAUGGACGCCCCAAUACACAGCAUGAUCCGCCCUACUGGCGUGGUGCCAUCUGGAUCAAUAUUAACUAUCUAACCAUGAGGGCUCUCCACUACUAUGGCAACACAGAAGGUCCUUACAAAGACCAAUCGCUCAAGUUGUAUCGACAACUGAGACACAACAUCAUCGAAAACAUGGUGAAACAAUACACACGCACAGGCUACAUUUGGGAAAGCUAUUGUGACGAAGCCGAUCGUUUUAACUUGCCGAUCGGACCUCUCAGUUGCCUCAGGAAAGGAGAAGGAAGAGGGACACACCCAUUCACUGGAUGGUCGUCUCUCAUUCUACUAAUAAUGAGUGAAUCCUACAACUAGAC